AUGUCUACUACUGAUGAUGGUGAGAGUAAUCCAAGUCGCAAUGAGCUGGAACAAGAAGGAUCAUCUGGACCUCUUCUUCCUAGUCCUACAACACAAAGUUGUGAAGAAUCUGGUCUUGUCAAGAAAAGAGGAGAGUACAAGAAGAGGUCCAAAGCUUGGGAUCAUUUUCAUGUAAAGCAUGUGAAUGGAGUUCGUCAUGCAAUUUGUAAAUACUGUGAGAAGGACAUAGCUGCAGAUCCCAAAAGUCAUGGUACAACUCCCCUUAAUACUCAUGUAGCUAAAUGUCCUCUAAAUCCUAAAAAUAAGCACACUGGCCAGGCUACUUUGUGUUUGGGUGAAACUGAAACAUUAGAGGGAGAGGUUAAAGGGGCACUCAUAAGUUGGAAAUUUGAUGCAGAAGCCAUUAGAAAAAGCAUAGCUGAUAUGGUAAUUGUUGAUGAGUUGCCAUUUAAACAUGUAGAGGGUAGAGGUUUUCAAUACAUGAUGCGGACUGCUUGUCCAUCAUUUAAAAUUCCUUCGAGAUGGACUAUUUCUAGAGAUUGCUAUCAGCUGUAUUUAGAUGAAAAAAUUAAGUUGAAACAUCUCUUGAAGAAUAACAGUGGCAGAAUUUGUUUAACCACAGAUUCUUGGACAUCCAUUCAAAGGAUAAACUAUAUGUGCCUUACUGCCCAUUUCAUAGAUAAUGAUUGGAAAUUGAACAAAAAGAUCCUAAAUUUCUGUCCUAUUGCUAGUCACAAGGGAACUGAAGUUGGUAAGGCCAUAGAAAAGUGUCUACUAGAAUGGGGAGUUGAUGAUAUCCUAACUGUUACAGUUGACAAUGCAAGUUCCAAUGAUGUAGCUGUCAGCUAUUUACGAGGAAAACUUCAAAAUUGGGGGAAAGCUGUGUUAAGGGGGAAAUGGACUCAUGUGAGGUAUGUAGCUCACAUAGUGAAUCUAAUUGUCAAUGAUGGCAUCAAAAAACUUGGGGAUUCAGUUGAUUGUAUCAGGGCAGCAGUUAGAUAUGUUAGACAGUCACCUUCUAGAUUGAAAAAAUUCAAGGAGUGUGUUGAAAUUGAAAAAACUGAAUGCAAAAGAUUGCUCUGUUUAGAUGUCUCUACUGGGUGGAAUUCUACAUAUCUAAUGCUAGACACAGCUCAAAGGUUUGAGCGGGCUUUUGAGAGGUUCGAGGAGCAGGAUCCUUACAUGCUUCAAGAGUUAGAAAAUCUGCCAACAAAAUCUGAUUGGACAAAAGCUAGAUUCUUGGUAAUUUUUUUGGAAAACUUUUAUCAGCUAACUGUGAAGGUUUCUGGUUCCAAAUAUGUGAUUUCAAAUAAUUUUUUCACUGAUAUUAGUCACAUUCAUGGCAUUUUAAUUGAAAUGACAGCAAGUGAUAAUGAAGAAUUGAGUUCAAUGGCAAGAUCAAUGAAGGAGAAAUAUGAUAAGUAUUGGGGAAAGAUUGAAAAGAUGAAUAUGCUGAUUUUUAUUUCCUCCAUGCUUGAUCCUCGAACUAAACUUGAAUACCUUGAAUUUGUGGUUUGCCAAAUGUAUGGUGAGUCCGAUGGUACAACAAUAGCUGGCCUUGCAAAAGAUGCAAUGUUUGAGUUGUUUAAUGAAUACAAGAUGCUUAACACACCUGCCUCAAAUUCUGUGUCUCAUGCUUCUUCACUUUCAAGUGAAUCUCAAAGGAGUAAAACUACAUUUUAUGGACAUGGGGAUGCCUCUAAAACAAUCACUGACCGGUACAAGUUGGAGUUUAAGAAGAGAAAAAUGGAACUUGGGGGUAGGGAUGCAAAAUCUGAAUUAGAGAAAUAUUUGAAUGAGGAUUGUGAGGAAGAUGAUGAGAGAUUUGAUAUCUUGUUAUGGUGGAAGGCCAAUAGCCUUAGAUUCCCAAUCCUUUCGAAAGUUGCUCGUGAUGUGUUAGCAGUCCCAAUUUCUACCGUGGCCUCCGAAUCUGCUUUUAGUACCGGAAGUCGUGUUCUUGAUACAUUUAGGAGUUCUUUGACUCCUAGAAUUGUGCAAAGUUUAAUAUGUGCUCAAGAUUGGUUUCGGUCCUCCAAGACAGAAUUAAAUGUAGAAGAAAAUCUGGAAGAACUUGAAGCCUUCGAAUCUGAGUUGCUGAAGACUGGAACUGAAUCAACUAUAAUUGACGCCAAGCUGUAA